AAGGAACAUGCGUUCGAGACAGACCCAGAACAGCAUAGAUUUAAGUCCUUGCCACUAAUGAACAACAGGGCCAGUGACAUCAACUCCCUUGAGAUGAGACCCACUCUCUCCCAGCUCCACGCGGACUUGAAGUCGUUUGAGCACCAUUUUGCCUGGUUGAGCAGAGCAUCAAGGAAACACCACCACCCUGCUCUCCCUAAACUGGGACAGAUGAUGUCACUCAUCAAGUCUCUCACCAGCAUGCUAGAGCAUCAGAUGAUGAGAGUUGAUGCUCAGCGUCUCUCUCCUCCCUCUCCCUCGAUGCCGCCUGCACCCCCCUCCCAGUUUGAUGUGUUACAGUCUUCCCAGGAGCUGCUACUACAGUUCAGACUCUUCUGUGAUUGGGCCCAACGAGUGUUCUCAGUGCUCAGUACAAAGUCCAAAAUGUCCCUGAAGUGCUAUAGUCUUAGAUACACAGAAAUCCACACUUACAACCAAUGGGGAUUCUACUAG